GGUUUGGCCGAGGUGUUGGUUGAACAAAAACACUCAACCCACUCAAAGACCGCUGCCACCCAGAAUUUAGUUUCUACUUUCACUCCAUGUUCAACUGAACAGCACACAAACCAGCUUAAGCCCCAUCAUGUCCUUAGACUCGCCUCCAGCCUCAAGCGAUAACACAGAGGAGAACGCCCCGGCCUGGGGCAGUUUGCCUGUGGAACAGUACAUUCUGCAAAAUUGGAACGCCGACUCUCCACAACCUGUCGCAGAGCAACGUGAUGCACUCGUCAAAGCGUUCAUCAACGAAGAUGUCAUCGGACCAGAGUAUCAGUCAAUCACUCACGUUCCAACUCAACAGGAAAUCAACACCAUCUUGAAACCUUGGCGCCCGCAGAAAAUCCGCGCCAUUGCCGCUAAACACCUGAGUAUCUCAUGGCCUGAUUUCAAGAAUGAAGGGUUCUGCGUCUUACGAACCUGGUAUCAGGGCGGUGAAGAAGCCGACGCAAAACUGGAGGAGUGGUUUGGCUAUGAUGAGCUCAAGGGCUUGUCCGAGGUCGAGAUCGAGGAAACGUUGUUAGACCGCGACCGCCAAGGAGGCGACAAGAUGAAAAUGAAACCAAAGAAUAGGUGGUGGAUGGUCCUCGACGACAAAGACAUGUUUGAUGUGGAGGACGAGAACAACGACGACGACUGGCUGGACGUGUACAAGAUCCUUCCUGAACUGGCGGCCCCUUCGGUGCAUCGGGGAUUCAACGUCAUUGACGCACUCGACAACCUGCACUUAGACGGCACCCCCUACCCGAGAAAGAGCGAACCGAGCGAAAAGGCGUACGAGGAUGCAGUCCUGGAAGUGGCGAGUGGUGGUCUUCGAUACCCGCUUGUCAUCCUAGAUCAGGAGGCUUUCGAGACGGGCCAAAUAUACCUUGUGUGGAGGGAUGCCAAGGGAAAGGUGGUCAAGGAUAUCCGUGAUGACAUCGCAGGGUUGCCAUACCUUCAGCAUGAUAUCCAUCGUGUUUGUGCGUAUGAGAUAGGGUGGUGGACUGAGGCGUGCUUUGGAAAGCAAUACGACAUCCAUGGAAAAAAGGGAAAGAUGAUGCGGAAGCUGCUGCCUUUGGUGAAGGAAGCAGCGAAGCAGACGAUGGCACACAAUGCAGCGAUGUACGGAUGGUGAAGUUGCCAAGCCGUUGGUUCGAUGCUCGACUUUCCGAGGGACUUGUGUUCUGUGAAGGCCUUUUGUUCCCCUGAAGAUCGACCCACAAUCUUGAAUGGAAUUGUCUUGUAUUGUACUAGCCAGUUUCCACGAGUCGUUGCUGUGCCUCAUAGAACACCAACAACUGUGGCGGAGAUAGGACUAGCAAUAUGUUCCUGAUGAUAGACGGCGGUAGCUUCCCGGUCUGUCAUAAUGCAAUGAACUUGUGCAGAA